UUCUCAUCCUGCUCAGUCUCGAGCGUACCGCGGAUGUGUUCGGACGGCGCAGUUUCUUUCAACCAUUGAUCAGCAGAAGAAAAUAGUCCAUCUUGGCUACCGACGGAUGGUGAUCUACGGCUGCGGCAGGAAAUCGAUUGCGGUGCUUUUUUAGCCGUUCCCGGUGCGGGAACCGUUCUUUUUUCAGUGCAAUUAUGUGCUGCAGUUAAUAUUGGUAGCUAUAGUGAGCGAUUUUCGUGCGAAAACAGCCGGAAUGGUAGGGAAAAUGAGCAUCCGAAGGGUACUCGUGCUGAGCAUCGCUGUAUUCCUUUUAUGGAUGAAAUUGCCGAAUCAAAGUGCGAACGCAUCGGUGCAGACUGAAAUCAUGGAAAAAUGGGGUGAUAACUUCGGAGAAGAGCUGUGGGACUUGGCCCAGACAAUGACAAAGGCCAGCGAAAUUACAGCUAAAUACAAAGGAUUCAAUGCACGUGUAGAGCACAAGGAUGGAACCAGUUUGAUCCAAUCUAUUGUAGAGAACGUCGGCCGCAUGUUGAUCCGGAAAAUGGAUGCCAUCAAAUGUAUCAUCAAUCUGGCGGAAGAAAUGUCCGAACAAUUCAACAAUACUAAUCCGGACAACUUCACGUACUAUUCUAGCAAAUAUUCGAUUAUCGAAGAUCGUCCGGAACCGGAGAUACCAUUAUCCCUGGAAGAAAACAUUUGGAUGUAUCGGAACAUGUCUUUGAACCCAGAUACUCAUUUUUUCAACAUUUCCGUCAACACUUCCUACAGUUCAGUACACGUACCGCAGAAUGUGUACGAUCGGUAUCCCUGGGUUUUGGAGGCACUGCAGUGGUCCGAAGCUCUGGAUGAUGUGUUCGUGCAAAACUACAACUCAGACCCUGCGCUAUCGUGGCAGUAUUUCGGAUCGGCUACGGGAAUACUGCGCCACUAUCCGGCACUGGAGUGGGACCGUGAACAAGUGGACACCUUCGACUGUCGGAGACGAUCGUGGUAUAUUGAAACGGCCACAUGCUCCAAGGAUAUUGUAAUUCUGCUCGAUAACUCCGGAUCGAUGACGGGGUAUCGAAACUACAUAGCUCAAUUAACUGUUAAAAGUGUUUUAGAUACGUUUUCUAAUAAUGAUUUCAUUAACAUUUACAAAUAUUCUAAUGACGUGGAACCGCUUAUACCAUGCUUCUCCGAUAUACUUGUACAAGCCACUCCGGAAAAUAUUAGAUUCUUGAACGAAAAGGUACGCGAAUUGCAUCCUGAAGGAUACGCCAACGUCCGAAAGGCAUUCAUAAAAGCUUUUGAAUUGUUGCAAUACUACCGUGAAAUUCGAAGAUGUAACGAAACGGUCAGUGGAUGUAAUCAAGCUGUUAUGUUGAUUACGGACGGAGUUCCCAGCAAUAUAACCGAAGUGUUCGAGGAGUACAACUGGUUGGAGAAUGGGACCAAAGUUCCAGUUCGUGUUUUCACUUACCUGCUGGGACGGGAAGUGACGAAAGUGCGAGAAAUUCAGUGGAUGGCUUGCCUCAAUCGGGGACACUACUCACACAUCCAAUCACUGGAUGAGGUACAGGAGGAAGUGUUGAAGUAUGUAACCGUGAUAGCAACGCCUCUUGUUUUACAAGGUGUCGAACAUCCACCAACUUGGACACAUGCGUUUACGGAUACGGCGGAAAAUUUGGAAUCCGAAGCCGACGACGAUGAACCACCUCGGCUGAUGAUAGCGGUUGGGGCACCCGCGUUCGACCGGAAAGCCUACUACGAUAAUCAAACACGAAUACCGGGCUUACUUGGAGUGGCGGGUACGGAUAUACCCGUGGAAGAUCUUGAUGAACUGACCCUACCUUAUAAGCUGGGCGUCAACGGAUAUUCAUUCAUCGUCAGUAACAAUGGCUACGUAUUGAUGCAUCCAGAUCUUAGACCAGUUUCUAAGGGUCGUCUUAAGGAAAACUAUAACAGUAUUGAUCUGACAGAGAUCGAACAGGUUCUGAACGAUAUAAUGGAGAUAUCUGACGAUACACUCAACGGUCGGGAACCCAAUCCAGUCAUGGAAACACUAAGAGAACAGCUAGUGUUCUCGAAGUUUGGCAAGAUGUUGAAGGUCCCGGUGAGGUUUCAUUUCGACAAAAUGCGGCGUGUUUCGUUGGAGUAUCAGGACUAUUACUAUGCACCACUGGAGAAUACACCGUUCUCACUCGGAUUGGUCCUGCCACAUGACUAUGGCAACACGUGGAUCAAAGUAGGCGAUGAAAUCAAGCGAAAUCAGCACAUGGGAACCAAUAUUUCCGAUUUUUUUGUCGGAGAUAACUGGAAGGUGCACCCCGAAUGGGUCUAUUGCAAGUAUCACUACCUGGAGGGACACGAGUUCAAGACUCCGGAAGACGAGCUACGCCAUUUCUUGGUCCAACUCUAUGACCCGAAUUGGAAAUGGUCCCAGCAGUAUGAACCGGAGCCGGAAGAUAUUCAAAAAGACGGUGCUGACGAACCCAAUUGCGGAAGAAAAACACUAGAUGAUGAUGCCUACUAUUGUAACAAGGAGUUAGUGCAACUACUGGUGUUCGAUGCCAAGGUAACCAAUACGAGCUUCCGCAACUGGGAAUUUGAGAACAAGAACGAAAUGAACAUCAUAAAGAUGUACAACGCCACGUUACGGUUCGUGGCAACUAUGAGUGGCUUGACCAGAUGGCAGUUCAUCUUCGGUGAGGUGGAAGUCGAAACAGACAAUGAGUUUGGCGACUACCAUAAGAAAGCAAUCGACGAAACGUGGUAUAAGAGUGCAAUCCUGCAGCAUAAAAUUGAUCCGAAAAGUUUUGUGUAUUCCGUUCCUCAUGCUACGGACGAUCCGGAAGGUGUGGAACUGAAAGUCACGGCAUCUAUGGGUAUUUUCCCAAGGGAUGGGGGUCUGGAAGCUCCGGGGUGCGUGACUGGAUUUCAGUUUUCUCACGAACUGAUGUAUGAACGGUUUAUGGAGAUUACUUCGAAAACAACGUGCGAAGGUUGUAUCGAGACUUGCAAUUCGGAAACCAGAGAUUGUUAUGUGAUCGACAACAACGGGUACGUGAUUUUGUCGGAGUCUUCCAACGACACAGGAAGGUUCUUCGGAGAGAUUGAAGGAGCGAUCAUGCAAUCGAUGGUGGAUAAAGAUAUUUUCACUAUGAUUACAGUUUUUGAUCUUCAGGGAUUGUGCGACUACGAACGAGUCGCAGCGAACGAUGCAUUUUCGUUGAUGCAUCCAUUGAAGUUGCUCCUGUUUGGUAUUGACUGGCUAUUUGCGGAAUUAGUCAUCUGGUUAACCAAGUUUGAUUUUUGGGUUCACGGCGUUGCCAGUCCGGAUUACUAUGACGCCACAAUGGAGUACGACGACUCCGACUACACAGACUUAAACCGGCCGAAGAAACCGAAAAAGACUUAUAUCAAUGAUGAAGAUGAAUAUUUCAAUCGUCCCAGGGAGAUAAAGAUGGAAAUGGUGUACGAAGCUUGCGACAAAAAGUCGGACCUGUACGUCAUGCAACAGGACAGAUUUAUCAAGGGCGAUGGGUUCUUCUACGAAGCGCAACCGGUUAAUCCAGCGGAAUUGCUUCACCGACCGUACUUUGCGAAGCGUAUUCCACGAUCGAAUCUACUGAUGGUCAUCGUCGAGAGCGAGUAUCCCUCGGACCAUGUGAUUCUCAGUGCAUCGCCCCAGGUCAUCAAUCACAAUGACACCGAGGGGCUGCCGUGUGUUAAAACGAGAUUGAAUUUUCUACCCCGCCGACGGCUGGAGGAGUGCUACACUGAGCAUCCGGAUGAAGAACGGGUUGCCCAGUGCGGGCUUGCAUCCAGGUCCUUACUUCAACUGACUGUAGUGGUACCGUGUUUAGUAUCACUGUUGUUAUAUCGAUGUGCCGAAAACCUAGUCCAAUUUUAAAGAAUACAAUCGAAACAGAUUUUAGACAGAAGUACUAGUUAAAGCCAUAAGUUAAGUGAAACGCAGUGAAGGUUCGUAAUAAUUUAAGCAAGGUUUGGUGGGACAAAAUUUUGAGAUUGCUUAUACCUGUAGAUGAUUGAAGAGACUUCAUUUUUACAAGCGAUCAAUAACUCAAUGGAAGUAUCUUCUGAUUAAACAUUUGAUUCGUUAAACCACUAUUUCAAUGUGCACAUUUCGAAUAAGAGAAAUUUAUAUAUCAUCAAAAGAACCAAUCUCAUCUAAUUUCCUACUGAUUUUUGAUACUUUUAAACACCAAUUGUAGUUUUGGCAUUCAGAUUAUCGUACUUGUUACACGUUUGAAGUGUUGAGCAAUUUUACACGAUCAAUUGUUGUUUAGAAAUUGGUUUUUCUCAGAGAUGUUAGCGUUAAAUUUUUGUGAGCACUUUUAAAACCAACCGACCAACAUAAAUAACAUUCAAAAGUUUCGUGAGGUCACUGUCCAUACAUCCUAAGACGUUGUUCUUCAACACUAAUGAAACGUCCUACAAAUUCACUAGAUCGGCAGUCGCGGGAGUGUGAGAAAUAAUUGGUAGGGUAAUUUAGCAAAAAUCUCAUCAUUCGGACUGUUCCUUCGAGCCACAAGUGUUUACAGCAUCAUUCCCUCCAACACUUACUGCACAGGGUGGUCGGGAAUUAAAAAAAUCAAGAGCCAUCUUUGAAUCGACACGUGCAUAUAAUCAAGACAAACGUUUAUUUUUUGUACCCACUUUUAAGUCAUGUCUGGCAAGCAAGUUGUUACAUAGCAUAGACGAUUUCAAAUAAAGGAUAGUUAUUUUUGUGCACAUCUAGUUUUUUUUGCACACAAAUAUUAUAUUGCUGUUUUUUUCAAUAAGUGAUCGGGAAGUCAGGUCCCACAGACAUUUUAAAUGUAAUAUUGAUUAUACGAAACGGUAUCAUUUAAAAAAAUCUGUUUUUACCUUUCGCCAUAAUUUGGAAAAUGUUAUGAUUAGUUGUGUCUCUGCAUGGGAAAACAUUUGUAAGUUGAUGUUUAGUUUAUAUGGAAGCUAGUGAAUAAGUCUACGUUGGUAUAAAGAAUCUGUUGAUAUUUA